UUAAAUUUUGGCUCACGUUGUUCUUAACAAUUUUGCAUAUUAUUUUUCAGUAAAUAAAAAAAUGUGGAUAUUAUUAAUAUUAUGACAUUAAACACAUUAAUUUGGUUUUUAAAUUUACUAUUGGGAAAAUUACGUUUUUUUAUUGGUUUUUUAAAAAGUUCUCAUCAUGAUAUUGAAGUUUUAUUCAAAUCUGAUGAUUAUUUAAUUGUCAAUAAACCCGAGGAUGUGUUUUUGAACAACCAUUCAAAAAAAAGCCCAUCCUUAGACGUACUACUUAUUGCCAAAUUCCCGCACUUGGUUGUUAAGAAUUUAGAACAUGGUUUUUAUUUUGUACAUCGUUUGGAUUAUGUGACAAGUGGUGUGAUAUGUAUUGCACUAAAUAAAACAGCAUGUUCUACUGCUUCGAGUAAUUUUCAAAAAAGAAUAUCUAAAAAAUAUUAUUUGGCGCUACUCAGAGGACACGUAUCUGUGGAUAAUUUGGACUUAACUAAAGCCAUUGGUUAUUGCUCCGAAGAGAUAUCUGGGAAUCACAAGAUGUGUACUGCAGAAAAUAAGUGUUGUUUAUCUCCACGUGAUGCCCGGACUCGAUUGUCAGUUUUAGAACGUGGUAUAUUUAUGUCGUAUCCAGCUACCAAAGUCCUAGUGCAGUUGGUAACGGGACGUCGUCAUCAAAUCCGCGUACACUGUUCUGAUAUUGGUCAUACGAUAAUUGGAGAUUUUACAUAUAGUGGCCGCAAAGAUAUAAGCCCGAGUAGAACAUUUCUACAUGCAUACAGACUAGAAUUGUAUGUUAAAGGUAUAGAAGUUCAGACAGACGAUCCUUUUACAGAAGAUAAGUUACAGGGAUUAUGGAAACCAGUUGAAUUUAUUAAACAGUUAUGCAAUCGUGACACUUUGAAUCAUUUUAGUCAAUCUGAGAAUAUUGUUUCAUAGAAACAAUAUCUGAGAAUAUUAUUUUAAUUUACUGUUGACAAUAGAAGUCUGAUGAAAAAUUAUUUUGAAAUAAAUGUUAUAUACUAGAAAUAUUUUUAUAUUAGUUAACCACAUAAAUUGUGAUGUGUAAUAUAAUUUAUUUUUAUACAAAUUUUAUAGUAGUGUA